GCUUUUUCAGAUAUUAAGUGGCUUUAGGGUAUUACGUAACUUUUCCAAAUAAGGACAAAAAGGCGCCUACUGAACCGGAUAUUGUAGGUCUCCCUCCCCCCUUUAUUUCAUAUCCCCUUGCUGUAUAGUUUUGCUUGGUUGCAGGUUUUUGAACAGCAAAAUAAUGGCACUUGGAACGAAAGUUGUUUCACUUUGUGAGCAAACCAGCAGAAGAGGGACCAGACGAUUAAUUGAAUGGCUACAAAAACAUAGACUCAUGAAGUCAAGGAUGAAAUGCAGACUGUGUAAAAAAAAAAUGAAAUUCCAGAAGACACAAACAGGAGAUGGAUACCAAUGGGAAUGUAAAAAGCGAACACAUAGUAAGAAAGUGAAAAAGACAUGCAGGGCGGGAUCAGUUUUUGAGAAAAGCAAGGUCACCUUACAAAACUGGAUGAAGUUCAUGUACCGAUACUGUCAAGGACUAAGAUUAAGGCAGGUCGACAUGAUGCAGGAUGGCAUAGCUGGAAGUUCAGCAACCCUGAGUAAAAUGAGUCAAAAGCUCAGAUUGGUCUGUAAAGAUGCUUUAAAGAGAUAUAAAAAGAAGACUGGACAGAGUAUGGGUGGAAGAACAGAGUUCAUUGUUAUAGAUGAAAGCAACUUCCGCCAUAAAAGGAAGUAUGGACGUGGGAGAGUAGGUGGAACAUGGAAAAGGAAAAAGUGGGUGUUUGGCAUGCUGGCCAUUAAAGCUCAAAGACGACGACCGAUUUUGCGACUCGUAGAACGCCGUUCAAGAAAUCAUCUCAUUCCCAUUAUCAGAAGACAUGUUCGCCCAGGAUCCACAAUUUUAAGUGAUGAGUGGAGACCCUACAGGGCUUUGACAGGGCUGGGCUACUCUCACUACUCUGUGAAUCACAGCAAGUUCUUUGUGAACCCAAAUCAUGGAGGACACACACAACAUAUUGAAAGGGCAUGGUCUACAUACAAAAGUCAGAUCUGGAGAUUGAGAGGCAACAAGACCGAGAAGCUCUUGAAGGAACACCUGGCUUGUAUUGAAUGGACUUAUUGGAUGGGGAUGGAGCACAGAUAUGGUCCUCUGGGGCGUUUGUUGAAGGAUAUUAGAAAAUAUUACUGCAUUUAAGACAUUACAACAGAUGUUGUAAUUCAAACAUUGUUCAGUAAAGUUGUUUGAGGAUAUGAAGCUAAUAAAAAAUAAUUAAA